AUGAAUGUCGAUACCAUCUCCGACUUCCUGGCCGAUCAGCGGGACCAGUCCCCCGAGGACCUGCAGCCUCUAGUUCUCGAGUUCGAGACGCUAUGGGAGCGGAAGCUGUGGCACCAACUCACAAACCAGCUCAUCGAGUUCUUCAACAACCCCGGCAGUGCCCCGCAGCGCCUACAGUUCUACAAGGUCUUCAUCCUCAAGUUUGCCGACAAGAUAAAUCAACUGAAGCUUGUUGACCUGGCCUUGAAGGCAGCGACACAAUGUAGAGACAAUCAAGAGCGCCUCACCUUUAUGGAGGCGGUGGUCAAAAAGGUGGACCACGAAGAUUCGCAAGACGCCCUCGUGUUUGCCACCAUCGCCGUGGCGCGCGUGAAGCUGGACCUGGUAGAUCUAGAUGGCGCGCGGAAAGAUCUUGAUCGGGCGGAGCGGGUUCUGGACGGCUUCGACUCGGUCGAGACGAUCGUGCACGCGGCCUUUUACGGCGCCAACGCCGACUAUUACCAAGCCAAGAUGGACUUUGGGUCGUACUACCGCAACGCGCUGCUGUAUCUAGCUUGUAUCGACAUCAAGUCGCUGAGCGCAGCGGAGAGGCGUUACCGCGCCUACGACCUGAGCGUUGCGGCUCUCGUCAGCACCAGCAUCUACAACUUUGGCGAGCUGCUGCUGCAUCCGAUACUGGAUGCGCUGGCAGACCGCGAAGAGGACCAAUGGCUUCGGGACCUGUUGUUUGCCUUCAACCGCGGCGACCUGGCCGCCUACGACGUGUUGGUUGGCCACAUCGAGUCGACGCCGCUGCUAGCCAAGCACAGCCGCCAGUUGCGCGAGAAGAUCUACCUGGCGUCCCUGACCGAGGCCGUGUUCCGGCGUCCACCCCACGAUCGCGCCAUGACAUUUGACACCAUCGCUGCCGAGACCAAGGUCCGCCCCGAUGAGAUCGAGCACUUAAUCAUGAAGGCGCUAAGUCUCGGUCUAUUACGCGGUACCAUCGACCAAGUAGACGAGGUGGCACACAUCAACUGGGUUCAGCCUAAGGUGUUGGAUAUGAAGCAGAUCGAGAACAUGCGCCAGCGGUUGAAAGACUGGGACUCGAGCGUUUACCAGCUCGGCAACUGGAUUGAGAAUGCAGGGCAGGAUGUCUGGGCGGCAUGA